AUGAACCGUACGUUGGAAGAUGCCGCGAACCCCACCUAUGGACUUUUGGAUAAUAUUUUGACCAACAUGACCUUUCAACUCUGGCCGCUGGUCGCUGGCACGCACUAUCGGAGGGUGCAGCAGGCCUACCUGUGCCUCGAGAUCCAGGGCGCGUAG